AUGACACCUGAGGCCGUGGCCGAGGGCGCCGUUUCUCUGCCUCCCGUUCACGAUGCUAUCCGUGACCAGCCUGACAUCUUCAUCCCCCCGAUGCACUGGGACAGCCGCAUCCUCAACCUUCUCGACAUAAGCUGGCAGCCUCAGGAGACCGCCGCCGUGAUGGACCUCAACGAGCCAGGCCAAGGUGUUGAUUUACCCGGCAUAUCGACCCUUGCGCCCACAGUGACCCCAGGACAUACUUCUUACCUCGUGCGCGCGUUCGCUGAUGCUCACUAUCUUUCUCACAGUCGACACCACUCCAUGCGUACCCUAUUGCACUUUCCCGACGGCGACGAUAGGCCGGCCAGCAAACUACAGCCGCCGCAGCAGCAGCCGCACUUCUUCCUCAAGUGCGUCGAUGAUGCCAAGUUUCUUCGGUUUCCUUACGGCCACUGGGCUGCCACUGUCCCUAUCGAUCACGGAAGGAAGACCAAGAACAGGCAGAAUAGCGCAAAGGGUGCACAACCCGAGCAUUACAACACCUUCAAGCCUAGCCCUCGAUGUCUUCCUUUUCCGGUCCUCUUCAUACGCAAAUGUUUCCUUCCGCCGACAUGGCCCCCAAUCACAACUCUGGUCCCCACUCAUUUGCAUCUUGCCUACCUCGACGUAGGAGACAUUGAGGCCUACGCAAGUGCAUUUCCCGUCCGCAACCGUCGCUGGAAAGGGAAGCGAGGCAGCACGAACUCCUCGCCAGCAGGCGAUUCAUCUGGAGAUGGAUAUGACUACGACGAGACAGACAAGCUGGUUGACAGGGCAUCAAUCGCCGCAUUAAUGAUCACUUUGGCCAACUUCACUCGCCGCCAUGCAGACCGCACACUUCAGUACCCAGUGAAAGCAGGUCAACCGCCCUCGACCACGGCCCAACUACUCUUCACAUAUACUCAUGAUACGAAAUACGUCUAUCUUUAUAGCGGGCGGAUUACGGACCUGCUUCUAGACCGUCUGUUUCAACCCAACCAGGGCUUUUCGCGACCACAAGGUUCUUCCAGUGCCACUAUUCGGCUAUUGCGUAUUCCCUUCGAUCCGCAACCAAGCUUCGCCCAGCGCCUCGUCACCCACGUCGACCUCGAGGCUGCUCGCUGCCAAGAGCUCCUGCGUGAUACGGUCCCUUCGUCUGUUUCCAAACGGAGUCUCGCAGGAGAAUACGAGGACGAAGUUGAGAAGCCCAAUUUAAGCGGCCAUCAAGAGACGGAUGGUAGCGGCCAAGAGAGCGCGCAAGACACUAAACGCCGCAGGCUGAAUAAGGAAAAGGUUGCCGUCAGUCCCAGUCGCCCACUCGCGUCGCAUGACCUCAAUGCAGACACUGCUACAACAAGUUUCGAAACCCUUCCCAUUUCUGACAAGAUUUGA